AUGAUCGGGAAUCACAGCCACUGUUCUUUUUCUGAUGUUAAUGCUAUAGUGAAUAAACUGCAGCUGGUAAUUUACAUCCCUACUUUCAUAACUGGCUCUAUCCUCAACGUAGUAGCCUUGUGGGUGUUUUGCUUUUCCAUGAAAAGACGUACAGAAGUCUCAAUCUACUUGAUGAAUUUGGCCAUUCUCGAUUUACUCCUCCUCCUGUCUUUGCCAUUCAAGAUGUACUUCUCACAACAGAAUACCACCGGCUACCGAAGCCUGUGCAGUUUUGUGGAGUCCCUGUAUUUCACUAACAUGUAUGGUAGUAUAUACACCAUUGCAUUAAUCAGUUUGGACAGGUAUAUUGCAAUUAAACAUCCAUUCUGGUCAAAGCUUUUUCGUUCACCUAAAAAGACUGCGACUAUUUGCAUUUUUAUCUGGCUUUUUGUGUGGAGCGUAAGUGCAUGUGUUUUUACAUUUGAUUUUGGCAAAGAGAAAGUUCGUUGUUUUCAUAACAUGUCAGACCACGUGUGGAGCUCCGCUAACAUCAUCUCUGUUGAGGUGUUUGGAUUUCUAAUACCCCUGAUGGUCAUGUUGUUUUGCUCUAUCCAAACCAUAAGGGCUCUGCUGAUUCACAAACCAUAUUCAAUUCAAUUUGAGGAAUUAAGGAUUAUUAUUAUACGUAUUGUGGUCUCAAAUCUUGUUGUAUUCUUGCUUUCUUUUUUACCCCCUCAUGUAGGUAUAUUUCUACAAUUCCUGGUGAGACAGAAUGUCAUCUCAGAAUGUUCCAGCAAAAAGAACAUAAGCCUUUUGGUUCAGUUGACUCUUUGUCUGACAAAUGUUAACUGCUGUCUUGAUGCCAUCUGCUAUUAUUUUUCAGUCAAAGAAUUUAGGAGCAAAUAUUUAAGGAAUCAUUCCAUAGGUCACAUGGUAGAAUUACCAAACAUAUGA